GCCGACCCGCUGCUGCUCUAGGAGUGGAGCGCCGCCUUCGACGCGUGGGUUGACCGUCACCCACCGUCUCCUUGCGCUCAUCGUCAGUAACGGUGCUCCCACAUUAGCAAGUGUUUUAGCUUAUCCCAAUAAUUUCACCAGAAGUGAGGAAGAUCAGUGAGACGACGGCCAUGGUGAUCUGAGGCGGAAGGGGAGGGAGCAUGGAGCGGGUCCUCAAGUCAGCAAGGGAGUCGGGCUCCCUCAACCUCUCCAAUCGAUCCCUCAGGGAGGUACCGAAUGAGGUGUACAACAACUUGGACACUGGCACCCAGGACGAGAAAUGGUGGGAGGGAGUUGAUCUUCAAAAGCUCAUAUUGGCUCAUAACAACCUUGAAGUGCUGAGGGAAGACCUCAAAAAUUUGUCUUCCCUUGUUGUAUUAAACAUUUGUCACAACAACAUUUCUUCCCUCCCUGCAGCUAUUGGAGACCUUCCUUUGCUAAAAUCAUUGGAUAUAUCUUUUAAUCAAAUAAAUGCUUUGCCCGAAGAGAUUGGCUUCGCAACCGCUUUAGUCAAGGUUAACUGCUCAAACAAUCGCAUUACAGAUCUCCCAGCUAGUCUUGCCAGAUGCCUGGAGUUGUCAGAACUCAAUGCGUCAAACAACACCAUAUCCAUGAUACCAGAUGAACUUGUUGGCUGUUCCAAGUUAAGCAGAUUGAACCUGGAGGGUAACAAACUUGUGACGCUAUCAGAGAAGAUGUUUAUGUCAUGGACAAUGCUUACAGAGAUGAAUGUUGCAAAGAAUCUGCUGACUACCAUCCCGGAUAGUAUUGGUGCACUUUCACAGCUGAUUCGCCUGGAUCUACAUCAGAACAAAAUAACUUUUAUUCCUUCUUCCAUAAAGGACUGUUCUUCUCUAGCUGAGAUGUAUAUUGGAAAUAACUUGUUGUCGUCCAUACCAGCGGAUAUUGGCAUGCUAUCGAGCUUAGGAAUACUUGAUCUGCACUCUAAUCAGCUAAAGGAGUAUCCUGUUGGGGCUUGUAGACUAAAGCUCUCGUUCCUUGAUCUAUCGAACAACUCAUUAUCUGGUCUGCCUGCUGAACUAGGUACAAUGACAACCCUGAGAAAGCUUCUGCUUACUGGCAAUCCUAUGAGGACACUACGGAGUUCCUUGGUUUCUGGAGCAACAACAACAUUGUUAAAGUAUCUGCGCAGUCGGCUUUCAUCUGAUGAAGAAGGAUCUGGAAGCACUCCAACAAAAGAUGAUCAAAUUGCUGCAGCAAGACGAUUAUCUUUAUCUUCUAAGGAACUGGACUUGAGUGGUCUUGGUGUGACCAGUGUACCACCUGCAGCAUGGGAGACGGAUGACGUGAUAAAACUAGAUCUUUCUAAGAAUUCAAUAGAAGCUCUGCCAAACGAGUUGUCAUUAUGCUCAUCACUUCAAUCUUUGAUUCUUUCUAAUAACAAAAUUAAAAGGUGGCCUGGCACAGUAAUCUCCUCCUUUGCUAACCUUUCUUUGUUAAAACUAGACAACAACCCUUUGGCAGAGAUAUUGGCCACUGAUCUUGAGGCGAUGUCUAAACUUGAAGUGCUGGAUUUAAGUGGCAAUGUGUCUUCGCUACCUGAACCCUCUGUGGUUUCUGCAUUACCACACCUGCAGGAACUCUACCUAAGACGAAUGAAACUCCAUGGAUUCCCUUAUGGUUUAUUGGGCCUAAAACAACUGCGUAUUCUUGAUCUGAGUCAGAACUAUCUUACAACUGUGCCAGAGGGUAUCAAAGAUCUAACUUCUCUUACUGAGCUUGAUCUGUCGGACAACAAUAUAACAACACUCCCACCUGAGCUGGGUUUGCUUGAGCCUAACCUGCAAGUCUUGAAACUUGAUGGAAAUCCCCUUAGGAGCAUACGGCGGACUCUGCUGGAGCGAGGAACGAAAGCAAUUCUGAAGUAUCUGAAAGAAAAGCUACCGGCAGCUGAAUAAACGCGCUGGUGCGACUUAUAUGCCGCAGGAUGUUUCUUGGUCAGUUCCGUUCUAUGUGCUGCAGCUACCCUACCUUUUUCCCGGAUUCCAUUUACCCAUUAAUUUUCGCUUGUCUACCUUCUCUCUUUCUUUUUGUGGAUUAUUGUGAUUCUCUUCUAUCUCUUUUUUUGACGGAUUAUUGUUGCUGUGAUGGCUCUGGAUUAUACUCUCGACUCUUUUUUGACGGAUUAUUGUUGCCACGAUGGCUGUGUAAACUCCUCAGCAUGUGUAGCAGAAGCGUGUACUUCAUCGGAGAAAUUGUCAGCCGCCACAAAGGAUAAUAAAUACUACUAUCUCCUUU